GUUCCGCUCAGGAAAAAAAAGAAAAAACUGAGAACAAAACCCCUUUCACUCGCAAGUCGCAACCCUCUCUCUCUCUCUCUCUCUCUCUUCCUGUGUGUAAUCCCCACUAUAAAACCCAUCAAAGCUCUUAAUAAAUCACAUUCCGUCCAUUCCUGAAAGCCUCUGUCCUAGCGAUGGAAGCUCUAAACUUCAUCAAGUUUUGGAGAUCCACCGGCACCUACACCUUUAACGACCAUGCAUCUCAUAAUCCUCUUGUGGUAAAAGAGGAUGACCUCGAGGAAGAAGAGGAAGACUCUUUCUUCGAAUUGGAGAUCAGCGUUUCUGAUUUUGACAGCCAGAAUACCAAAACCAACGACGACCCAGAAAUCAACAAAGACAAAGAAAACGUAACCAGGCUCGAUUCUGCGAAGCACAACCACAACCCCGCCCAAAACCCCGGCUUGAAUUUCUCAGAGCCAACCCUUUCUCUCUUUCCUAAUGAUCUUAUUUCCAGAAGAAAAAUCCUCCCAAUUGAGCCCAGAGAUACCAAGCCUCACUCCCCUAUUGCUCUGCUAAAAUCAGCUCCCAGAUUCCAAGUCCUCCCGUUCAAGAAGCCAAAGUCAAAGUUAAUGCCGACACCAAAAACGGGGAAAACGGAGUCCAAAAGCUCUUCCAUACACACCCAGAAGCAGAAAAAGCAAGAGAACAAUGCUUUCUUCACGGUGAAGCUCAAGGAUGAAGAAACUCCAAACAGUUCAUUAUUCACCAGAGCAAGUAGUUUGAGAAAAUCCGAGAGCAAGCUACAAGACCACAAGCUUUCAGAGGACUCGAAAACAGAGCGAUUCUCGAAGGAAAUUAUACAGAAGUACUUGAACCUAGUCAAACCUCUGUACGUCAAGGUCUCGAAAAGAUACAGCGAAAAGUUACAGUUCCCGGAAGUCUUACCACCUUCGGCUUCACCGUCUUCGUCUCCGGCGACAAUACCGUUUCCUAAGAAGCACUUGAAGAAGAGUAAAUCAGCAUCGGCUUCGAUCGGAGUGACACGGCCAGUAAGUAGGAGAGACGAUUCGCUAUGGGAGCAGCAUGAUGGGAUUCAAAGUGCCAUUCUACAUUGCAAGCGAUCCUUAAAUUCUUCUAGAGAAUCUUCAUUAUCGCGUUCUAGUGGCGGCUCGUUACAUGAGAAAUCAAGGGAUUCAUUUUCUGAAGAUUCUUCCCUACUGUCGCGAUUUACAAGUAAACCCUCUGACGAGAAAUCGGUCGAAAAUUGAGUUGGGGAAGGGAACGGAGUUGGCAUUUGAGAGAGAAGGCAAGACAUGCUCUCUGAAAUUGAAAACUACAUAGAUGAAUUAAUCUAAGCAUGGGACACCCUUCCCUCUGCUUCUGUGUUUUGCUGUAAAAAAGGGGGGAAGAGAUGGAGAGAAUAGGAAGGAUUUUUGUAUUGUUUCGUUUUUUGAAUGUUUAGGUAUUUUAGAUAUGAUGACCAGUGGGUGCUAUAGACUGGCUCGCUGUUGUCUGUAAAGUGAUGGGCCAUUAUGAACAGAUUGAAAAUAUUCUGAUUUGGCA